GGGGCUGUUUGGUUGUUCCUGGUUCACGUGUGGUUCGCGCUAAGAUUUCAUGCAGCUCAAUGGCUUGGGCUCGGAUUUGUCUUUGUCGCGAUGUCUCAAAUCUCCCUGCGUACAACUUCAACAACUCCCACAAUUCCAUCCACCAGAAUCGAAUCGACGACCUGUUCCCAAUAUCACGCAUAUCCGGACGGCGCGUAUACAUCCAUAAUAUGCGACAUAACUUAUUCAACAGCCAGAUGCCUUGAUAGAGGCACUUUCUGGACAGUAUGUUCACGUUUACCUCCCUGCUGGGCGCGCAGUCGGAAUCCUCGGCGUCGCAGUCCGUACUGGAGCUCGAUGGAGGGGUGAAAGUCCUAAUAGACGUGGGUUGGGAUGAGACUUUUGAUGUGGGCAAGCUGAAGGAGCUUGAGAAACAAGUCCCUACCCUCUCAAUUAUCCUUCUCACUCAUGCGACAGUGGCUCAUCUUGCAGCUUUUGCCCACUGCUGCAAGCACUUUCCUCUUUUCUCCCGAAUCCCAGUCUAUGCUACCCUUCCAGUCAUUUCUCUGGGCCGGACCCUCCUUCAAGACCUCUAUGCUUCGACCCCUCUUUCAGCAACAAUAAUACCAUCUUCAGCUCUAUCAGAAGCUUCAUACUCCUAUUCGCAGACCGUAUCUGCCAACAAAGAUGCAAACAUACUUCUUCAACCGCCGACGAGUGAGGAAAUCGCAUCGUAUUUCGCGCUUAUACACCCUCUCAAAUAUUCGCAACCACAUCAACCAAUUCCUUCCCCCUCGUCCCCACCUCUCAACGGUCUUACAAUCACGGCAUACAAUGCUGGACAUACCUUGGGAGGGACAAUCUGGCAUAUACAACAUGGUCUGGAGUCGAUUGUUCAUGCGGUGGACUGGAACCAAGCCCGUGAGAAUGUUCUGGCUGGUGCCGCAUGGUUAGGUGGAGCCGGAGCCGGUGGAGCAGAAGUCAUCGAGCAAUUGCGCAAACCAACCGCACUGAUAUGCAGUAGCCGUGGAGGUGAGCGAAAUGCGCUACCUGGUGGUCGAGCGAAACGAGAUGAGCUGCUGCUCGAAAUGAUUAAGUCUUCAGUCAGCCAAGGUGGAAUUGUGCUUAUUCCUACGGAUUCCAGCGCUCGUGUUUUGGAGCUGGCAUACCUAUUAGAACAUGCAUGGCGAACAGAAGCCAAGGAUGAUGAUAGCCCUCUACGGAGCUCAAAGCUCUAUCUUGCAAGCAAAAACAUUGGUGCAACCAUGCGGUAUACGAGGAGUAUGCUUGAAUGGAUGGACGAUGCAAUCAUUCGAGAAUUCGAGGCAAAUGCUGGAUUGCAGCAGAAAGAGACUGGGCCUCAAGGCUCUGGAAAUUCAAAAGGCGGCGCCUCCGCAGGUCCAUUUGACUUCAAGCACCUGCGACUGCUGGAGCGCAGGGGCCAGAUCGAUCGAAUCCUUGGCCAAACAGACAGCCUUGGGAGGUCUGUAGGGAAAGUCAUCCUGGCAAGUGACACGUCUCUGGAAUGGGGGUUCUCUCGAGACGUGUUAAAGUCAAUUGCAGAUGACAGUCGUAAUUUAAUCAUUUUGACGGAGAGGCUGGGCAAGCCAGAAGGUGAUGCGAAGACUGGUCUGGCAAGGACAUUGUGGUCAUGGUGGGAAGAGAAACAGAACGGAGUGCUCUCUGAGACUACCAAAUCUGGAGUGACCAUAGAGAGAGUUAAUAGUGGAGGAAGACAGGUUGAGCUCCAAGAUGCCAAACGUGUCGCCUUAGAAGGGAACGAGUUGAGCGUCUAUCAACAAUGGCUUGCCACUCAGCGCCAAUUACAAACUACUCUUCAGUCUGGUGGAGCAACAGCACUUGAAUCAUCAGCAGAUGUCGUAGACGAUGCUUCCUCCGACUCUUCUUCAGAUUCCGAUGACUCGGAGACCGAACAACAAGGAAAGUCAUUGAACAUAUCCGCAACGAUGGGACAGGCAAACCGGAAGAAGAUCGGACUGAGUGACGAAGAUCUUGGGGUCAAUGUUCUUAUUCGCCGGAAAGACGUUUUCGACUACGAUGUACGUGGAAAGAAGGGUCGUGAGAAGAUGUUCCCUCUUUCCAUCCGAAGGAAAAGAAAUGAUGACUUUGGAGAGUUGAUUCGCCCAGAAGACUUCCUCAGAGCAGAGGAACGAGAUGAAGUGGACGGACAGGAUAUGCGCCAACCGAAUAAACACGACACUCGAGACACAUUCGGCAAGAAGCGGAAGUGGCAAGAGCCUCAGCACGAUCGACAGAUGACCAAUGGGGACCAUAAGAGGCAGCAGACAAAUAGAAACCAGCGCCAGCGUGAUUCUAUUGACCUCGCCGACAUGUCACCUGGCCCCGAGGAUGAUGCAUCAGAAGACGAGGGCGCUGAUGCUGCCGACGAUGCAGUGGCUGAAGCGUCACCUUCCAAAGUAGUUUUCUCAACCGAGUCUCUUACCCUCAACGUUAGAAUCGGCUUUGUGGACUUUGCUGGCCUGCACGAUAAGCGAAGUUUGCAAAUGUUAAUACCACUCAUCCAGCCUCGAAAGCUUAUUCUCGUUGGAGGAAUGAAGGACGAGACCCUCGCGCUAGCCGUCGAUUGUCGCAAGUUACUUGUGGCACAGCUCGGCUCCUCCGAAUCUGCUAUAGAUGUGUACACACCUGAGAUUGGUGUUGUGGUCAACGCCAGCGUUGAUACAAAUGCAUGGGCUGUAAGAUUGACAAGCGCGCUUGUCAAGCAACUGACAUGGCAGAAAGUCAAGGAUCUAAGAAUCGCAACAGUCACUGCUCGGUUGGAGAGUACCAUCGUUGACACAGAACCUGAUGCCGAAGAAAGCCAUAAGAAACAGAAGCUGCUCAAAGAGGAAGGCGAAGGAGAAGAGACACCAAGCCUUGAACUUAUACGAAGCUCCACAUCACAAAUCGAGGUACCAACACUGGACAUUCUACCUUCCAAUAUGGCGUCAGCAACGAGAUCCGUGGCACAACCCCUUCAAGUUGGUGAUCUCCGUCUGGCUGAUUUACGGAAGAUCAUGUUGGCUUCGAGCCACACUGCCGAGUUCAAAGGAGAGGGUACAUUACUUAUCGAUAGCUCGGUCAUUGUUCGCAAGACCGGAACUGGCAGGAUCGAGGUCGAGAGUAUUGGGCUGGCGACCUCAUUGGGACCGGGGAUUGGUCACGGCAGCACAUUCUAUGCUGUCAAGAAUAUGAUUUAUCAAGGAUUGGCUGUGGUUAAAUGAGGCAUACAUUCGAUUCUUACUUGUUGUUAGGUUGGAUGGAUAUUUGCACCUAUGGGCGUCUGUAACAUCAAUGUAUUCAUGAAUUGCCGCAAUGACGGCAACAACUCGACAACUGUCACGAUACCCUCCAUUCUUGUUCUCGUGGCGUCAAAUUUUGCUGCCAGUUUUCUCGGCUAGGCCAGUAAACAAAAGAGAUAGCGAGGUACAGUCAAGACCUGCACGCGGUGGCGGCAUUCAUCAGGCCUCUCAACCAUAGCACCCCCGAAGUCUG